AGUUUUAAAGGAAUACUACUGAUAGCCUGAAAGGCUGUGGAAAAGAACAAGUUUUCCCCCCUUACACACUGAUAGUUCUUAUAUUUGCGUUCCUGCAAUUUGUACAUAUUUAUAAAAAAAAAACAAUCAUUGGAUUAGCAGCAAGAGAUUGAAAAUGGCAGAAGUUGGGAAUGACUGCUAUUUCUUUGUUAAUUCCACAUGCAUAAAGGGUUCCCAGUGCCGAUUCCGACACUGUGAGGAAGCCCUUGGCAGUGACACUGUGUGCUCAUUAUGGAGAGAGAGAAAAUGUUUAGACCCACUUUGCAGAUUUAGACACAUGGAAAUGCAGCAAAACUGCAGCAUUUCAUGUUUCUGGGAAACCCAGCCUCUGGGUUGUGUGAAGAUCAGUUGUAUCUUUUACCACAGCAAACCCCGAAAUAUCAAUGGAUUGUUUUUGCCACCAAGUAGCAAUACCACCUUACAGAAAGAAAGUCAGGAAGGAAGCCCACCCCAAACCCAGAGUCAGGAACCUCUGAAACCCAUGGAGAACGUAUCAAGACCCAUUCAUCAUCCAUUAGUUUUAAAAACUAACUUUGAAGAAGAGGAGGAGGAGGAGGAAGAACCAAAUGAUGCUUCUAGUUUAUGGACAAAGACCCCUGAAGAGAUUGAAGAGAAAAGAGCAAUAAAGGAGAUGUGUUAUAAAUCUGGUGAAUACUAUAGGUUCCAUGCUCCUCCAGACAUUCCAUCAUCAAAAAGCAUAGCUCCGACAGUGGAGAAAGAGUUAGAAAAGCCUUUGGAAAAUGGCAGUGAAUUACAAGAAGGAGAUGGUCUUACAGUUCCAACAAAGUUUAGCCUAUUUGAAAGGGCAGGAGAGGCAAAAUCAUCAUUGGAUAGGAAACCAAGGACUGACAUUGCUGCUUUUGAAAAUGGAGGAGGUGACUGCUAUGCUCCACAGAGGAUCAUAUUUCUUGGAGUGGAUGAAAGUGAAGCAUUAGCUGAAGACAAAGAAACCACCUCAAAAUGCUCAAAUGCCAAAGAAGAAAGCAAGAAUGGUCUUCAUCCGAAGCAUCCUCUAACCACUCGCCUAGUACCUACAACGCAUGUGUUGAAUGCCACUGAGAAUAUCAGCAUGAAGUGCAGAGAGAACCCCUCUUCAACAAUGCACAUCCCAAAUCCCAAACAUAAAAUGAGUUACCACCACCAUAAUAAAAACCGGAAUGCCGAGAAUGCCUCCUAUACGCAUGCUCAAAGAGAUGCAGUAAGAAACGUCACACUGAACGCCCCUCCCCGAAGCAGGCCCAAGAGCGGGUCCUACAACAAAGCUGAUGUCAACAAAGAACCCAAACUCAACCUUUGUCCAGAAAAACAUAUGUCAACAUCAUAUAAUGGUUCAGCCUGGCGAAGAAGAAUUCCUUUUUCAAAAACUUAUUCAAAAACUGAAAAGGUAUAUCCAGAGCCAAGAAGAAAUGGGAGUAAGUAAGCCUGGAGGUUGAGAGAAGAGGAAAAUGAGAAAAGAGAAAAGCGCCAGCAAUCAUCUGAUUUACAAUCAAAAAUGAAAAUUCAAAGAAUGAGAUAUUCAAGUACUCCAUAGUAUAUAGUGGGUAGCCAACGGUGAUAAAAUGCAAAUUCUGAAAAUAAGACGCAGGAAGAACAUUGUGCUCUUUCAAAACUGAUAAAAUGCAAAUUGCAAACAGCUGCCUGUUUAUUUAUGUAUGCCUGGGAUUCAUUCAAUACAUUACCACAAAACCUUUAAUAAAAUUUCAAAGUUUGACAA